GCAAGACACUCUUACCGGUGACCAAGGGCUGUAGGAAUUGCCACAGUAAAAUUCCUAAGAUGGGUCAGACAAAAUCGAAGACCAAGGACCAGAAGAAAGGGAGCAAAUUACCAGAUAUACCAUCAGAAAGUCCAUUAGGAGUAAUGAUUAAAAAUUGGAAUGAAAGGGGCCCCAGAAAAGGGAAAAGUGAAUUAAAAUUGAUUCAAUAUUGCAUGAUUGAAUGGCCAAAGGAGCCUUUAAGACCACAUGUCUUUUGGCCCAUUUUUGGAUCCUUUGAAGACUGGAUUUGCCAGGCUUUAUAUAUAUAUAUAUAUAUGUUAACUCAAAGGAACCUUUUAGUCAGGAGGAAAGUGAUUAUGCAGGAUUAUGGAUCAGGACUUCAUGUCCUUUUCCAGCCUCAAUACUUACAUUAAAAACAGAUGAGAAGUUUAAGGGAGAAGAAGGAGAUACAAACGAAAAAGAGAAAGAAAAAGAUGAUAAAUGGGAGCCACUAGAUAACCUGCCGCCUCCAUACCUUAACAAUCUACCUCCGGCGGUGGCUCCCCCUCAGGUGGCCGUAGUACCCCCACCAGUACCACCGUUGUCCCUGCCUCCACCACCAAUAGCACUGGAAUUAGAACUACCUCCGGCUGCAUGUACCAGAAGUAGGACUGCCGUAUCUGAGGGAGCUUCUUUAUAUCCCUUACGAGAGGUACCCCUCGGAGGCAAUCAAGGAGGCAUCGGGUUUGUGGCAGUCCCAUUAAAUACCACAGAUGUAAGAAAUUUUAAGAAAGAAAUGGGGACCCUAUUGGAUGAUCCCCUCGGAGUAGCUGAAAAACUAGACCAAUUCCUAGGCCCCAAUACUUAUACCUGGGAAGAAAUACAGUCCAUUUUAGGGAUCUGAUUUACUGCUGAGGAGAAGGGAAUGAUUAGGCAAGCUGGGAUGAGAAUUUGGGAAAGACAGAAUCAGGCGGGACCCCCGGGAGACCAAAAAUGGCCAAAUGUGGAUCCCCACCGGGAUCAUCAGCAAGCCCAAGGAAGACAGAAUAUGAGGGAUUUAAGAACAUUAAUUAUACAAGGAAUAAGGGAAGCGGUUCCCCGAGGGCAAAACAUUAAUAAAGCUUUUAAUGAACAACAAGGGAGAGGUGAAUCUCCAACAGAAUGGUUGGAAAGAUUAAAGAAAAGUCUACAAAUGUAUUCUGGAAUUGAUCCGAAUACAGUAGCUGGAACCGCACUCCUUAGAACACAAUUUGUGGCUAAAUCCUGGGGGGACAUAAGAAGGAAAUUAGAAAAACUGGAAGACUGGCAAGAAAGAGGAUUAGAAGAGUUACUUAGGGAAGCACAGAAAGUAUAUGUUAGGAGAGAUGAGGAAAAACAAAAAGCAAAAGCUAAGGUCUUUGUAGCAGCAGUAAGAGAAGGUCAAAAAAAUAAGACCCCGUCCGGGGAGAGAAGAGAAAAAGGAAUAGAGAAAACACCCAGAGGACAGCCUUAUCGAGAAAGAUUUACAGUUCCAGUUUGUUACUACUGUAACAAAAAAGGACAUGUUCAGAGGAACUGUCGUAAGCGGGAACACGAUGAAAAAAUAUUCAAAGAAGAAUAGGGGUGUCAGGGGCUAUAUCUUCUGGGGACUUCAACAUCAACGGAGCCCUUGAUAAAAUUAUUAAUUGGUCCCCAUAAGGAGGAAGUUUUAUUUUUGGUGGACACAGGGGCUGAAAAAUCCACUAUUCAAAGACUUCCGAAAGGAAUAGAAAAAGGGAAGGGUUAUAUGUCAGUAGUAGGAGCAAAAGGGGAACCUUUUAAAGUACCUGUUUUAAAAGAUGUAGAAGUAGAAACAGAAAAGAAAAUUUGCCUUAAUGAUUUACUUUUGCUCCCUGAAGCGGAAUACAAUUUAUUAGGAAGGGAUUUGAUUUUGAAAUUAAACUUAGGCAUUCAAAGUCAAGGGGAUAAGUUGCAGAUUAAAUGAUAUACUCUAACACAAGAAGAUGAAAAAGCCAUUAACCCUUCAGUAUGGUAUAGGGAGGGGGAAAUUGGAAAGAUAGAAAUGGACCCCCUAAAUGUUCAAAUAAUAAAUCCGCAUCGUCCAAUUAGAGUCAAACAAUAUCCUAUACCAACGGAGGGUCGAAAAGGGUUAAAACUUGUAGUUGACAGACUUCUGGAAAAAGGAACUUUAGAACCAUGUAUGUCACCUCAUAAUACACCCAUCCUCCCAGUAAAGAAACCGGAUGGGUCAUACAGGAUGGUACAAGAUUUGAGAGCUGUAAAUGAGCGAACAAUUACUAAAUUCCCUGUUGUGGCAAAUCCUUAUACUUCACUGAGUCAUAUACCUCCCAAACAUACGUGGUAUAGUGUGACAGAUUUAAAGGAUGCUUUUUGGGCCUGCCCUCUGGAUAAGGGAUCUAGAGAUUAUUUUGCUUUUGAGUGGGGAGACCCCACAACCGGACGAAAACAACAAUUAAGAUGGACUGUGCUACCACAGGGGUUUACAGAGUCACCCAAUCUAUUUGGACAAACUUUAGAAAAAUUAUUACAAGAUUUCACAUUACCCAAGGAGGUGAAAUGAUUGCAAUAUGUGGAUGACUUAUUAAUAGCAGGAGAAACUGAAGAGGAGACCCGAGAAGCUACCAUUAAAUUGUUAAACCUCCUAGGGGAAAAAGGAUUAAAGGUGUCCCGAUCAAAAUUACAGUUUGUAGAACAGGAAGUAAAAUACUUAGGACAUUGGCUGAGUAAAGGAAGGAAAAAGUUAGAUCCUGACAGGGUAUCUGGGAUACUAUCCUUGAGACCUCCACAGACUAAAAAGGAAAUUUGGCAAAUAUUGGGAUUAUUAGGAUAUUGUAGACCAUGGAUUGAAAGUUAUAGCGAAAAGGUAAAAUUCUUGUACGAAAAACUAACUAACAACCAACUUAAGUGGUCUACAGAAGAUGACCAAAAAUUGGAGGAAAUAAAAAAGACAUGAAUACAAGCGCCUGUAUUGAGCCUCCCAGAUCUAGAAAAACCUUUCUAUCUCUUUGUGAAUACGUCAAACCAAACAGCAUAUGGAGUUCUUACUCAAGACUGGGCAGGAAUAAAAAAACCCAUAGGGUACUGUUCUAAGUUACUUGAUCCAGUAAGUAGAGGAUGGCCCGCUUGUCUCCAAGCUUUAGUUGCUACGGCAUUAUUAAUAGAGGAAGUUAGAAAAAUUACCUUCAGUGCUCCUUUAAAGGUGUACACCCCACACAAUGUCAGAAAUGUGUUACAACAAAAAGCAGAAAAAUGGUUAACGGAUAGCCGGGUCCUAAAGUAUGAAGCAAUACUAAUUGAUUCCCCUGACCUGGAAUUAAAAGUGACCUCUGCUCAGAGUCCAGCACAAUUUUUGUUUGGGGAACCAUCAGAAGAAUUACAACCUAACUGUUUAGAAGCAAUUGAGACCCAAAUCAAGAAACAGCUGUGAGAACUGCUGAAAAAGGAUGGACGCACGUGUCGCGAAUAAAAGGUCCGGUGAAGGAGUGGAAAAUGACAUCUGAGCCAGGAGAAACUAAACUAACCAUCAAACGAACUUGAAGAGGCCUUACAAUUGACUGGUAGGGGUAUCUGUGUAUCCUUACAGACUCCAGACCCAAGUGAAUCCCAGCUCGUUGGCUAAGGCCGCGGGAGGAACCAUUGUUGUAUGGGAGGAGUACCCCAACUGACGACGCGGGACAGCAGAACCCCGAGUCGAGCUAGUACUCAGCUGUGUCCAAUUUGUCGCCGGUGCAGUUUGUAUCUUAUUUGUCAUUGUUAUUACUGUGGGAAAUAUAUAAUCCAUUAUAACGGAUCACAACAAGUAUAUUUAGUGACCACACUAUCUCCUUUUUCUAUUAGAUGUAGACGUAUUAAUCAAUUAGAAAUACUAACAAGAAAAAGGUAUUUUUGUUGUCGAACUAACAGGGUUGUAGUAAUAUAAGAUAAAUUGCUGUGGGAAUUUUAUUAUGACUAUUUCUAUAUAAUAUAUACAAAAACUUUUCAUUCCUACCAGGGAAAACAAUAAUGGGGAUCAUUUAAGCAUUAAGAUACCUAUAAAAGACACUGAACUUUUGGAACAUAGCACACAAAUUGGACUAAGAGCUGACCCUAUAAUCCCUUGAGUGUUUAGGACAGACCACCUCUGAACGAAGAGGGCAAGACUGGAUAGGGAACCGGUGGUGCGGCUAAAAGGGUCUGCCAAGGGCUGCAACCCCUCAGGGCUAUGACCGCCGACCACUAUGGCCCUUACCAGACCUCUUCUAGUUCUACUUGGGGUGAGUUCUUUGACCCUGGCUACUGAAAACAACUGCAGUCAAUGUAUAGUGACCACUAGAAGGGGACGAAUAAGCUCCCUAACCUUAGUAUAUCAUACUGUCUAUGACUGCAAGGGUCAGAAAAUUGGAAGCUGCAUUUAUAACCAAACCCGGUAUGCUCUAUGCAGAGAAGAAAACAGAACUGUAUGCUAUGAUCCAAAGGAACGCCCUUGUCAAUAUUGGGUCGAGAUUAGAACAAAUGAUCAAAAUGGGAGAUUAAUAGGAUCAAGUAAAAAAAUUACUAAUUCAACCAUACCCGCCUGGGUAUCCUUUGAUGCAUGGGAUGCAAUUGACGACGACCCAGACACAAAUUGUGGGAGUGUAGAGUGGAGAAAAUAUUAUUCAGAACAACCAAAGUACUUAUGUCCAGGAGCCGGGCAUUGUCAAAUUAAUGCAAACUACCGGCGCUCUGAAACAGCAAGAUAUCAAUCUGCCCACUUACGUGGCAGGAGGGGAUGGGGGCGUGUGUGUGUUGGGCAACCCAAAACUGGGGAUACGAAAGUCAUUGUGGGGAAAUACAGGCCUCCAUAACCGCGGGGCCUGUAGAUAAAAACUGCACCACCCGUAGCUGUAAUCCUGUCAACAUAACUAUUAAAAACCCAGAAAAUUGGAAACAGAAACAAAUAGUUUACCUUGGGCUUAAAAUCUAUGGGACAGGAGGGGACCCAGGCAUUGUCCUGAAUAUACAGAUCAAAGAAAAGUCUAGAGAAUCAAUACAACAUCGAUUAUUGUUUAACUCCUUUUAUCAUGAAAUAGAGACAGGAGUAAAAUAUGAAAUUCCCACAGUUGCUAAAAAUUUAUUUGUAAACCUUGCAGAAAAUAUCGCUAAAUCGUUAAAAGCGACUAAUUGCUGUGUUUGCGGAGGAACAAAUCAAGGUGAACGAUGGCCAUGGGAGGCCAACAUGGAGAGCAACAUAAGUAAUCCCCAAGUGUGGACAACAGUGGGAAAGGAUAAUAGGAAACAACAAUGGGUGCUUCAAACGAGUGUAAUUGGGAAGAGUUGUUGGCAAAACCUAAGGGAUGAUGGAAGGCAAGUAGGUAACCUGGAGCGUGAAGGAGGUUUUCUAUGGAAUGAGACACGGAAUAAUUGGGAUAGGUGGGGAAACCCACUGGAAAUAAAUAAUCAAUUUAAAAAUUGGACAAAUGGAACGAAUAUACCAAAUGGUUGGCCAACCCCUAAAGGACAUUAUUGGAUUUGUGGCAGAUUAGCUUAUGCAUAUUUGCCAAAGAAUUGGACAGGGUCCUGUGUAUUAGGCACUAUAAGACCCAGUUUUUUCCUAUUACCCAUAAAUCAAGGAGAGCGACUAGGAGUUCAAAUAUAUGCAGGGGCCAAUGAGUUAGGAAAAAGACGUCAGAAACGAAACCUGCAAACUGGGAAUUGGAAAGAUAACGAAUGGCCUCCUGAGAGAAUUAUUGCCUAUUAUGAUCCAGCUACAUGGGCAGAAGACGGAUCUUGGGGCUAUAGGACCCCAAUAUAUAUGCUUAAUAGAAUAAUAAGGUUACAAGCUGUAGUGGAAAUAAUAGUAAAUAAAACUGGAGAUGCACUUGGAUUAAUUGCCAAACAAAAUACCAAGAUGAGAACGGCUUUGUAUCAAAAUCGCUUAGCUUUGGAUUAUUUGUUAGCACAGGAAGGGGGGGGGUGUGGAAAAUUUAAUCUUAGUAAUUGUUGUUUAGAAAUCGAUGAUGAAGGAGAAGCUGUGAAUGAACUUGUAACGGAAAUGAAGAAAAUGGCACAUGUCCCAGUUCAGACUUGGAAUGGAAUUAACCUAGGGGGAUUAUGGGGAGACUUUAUGAACCGUGAUUGGCUCAAUAAAAUUGGGAUAGUUGUAUUAGGAAUAUGUGGAGGAUUGUUAAUAAUUCCAUGUUUAAUACCUUGUUUUACUAGACUAAUACAUUCGGUUAUACAAGGAAUGCAGAUAUCUGCUGUACCUGUUGAUCCAGAAUCUGGAAGAGAAAAGGCCAAUUCCCUAAUGAUCAUAAAAACAAAAGAAGAUCCGAGAUUGAUACCAAUUCAGCAAGCGUUAACACGAUUGAAAAUGAAAACACGAAUCAAUACCAUAAAAAAGGAAAUGGGGGAUUGUGAAAUAUAUUAACCUGAUUCG